ACCAUGAGGCCUCUACGCUUCCUGUCUGCUGUGGCCCUAGUGUCCCACCCACAGGUGGUUCAACAGAGCCUGGACUGGGUGGCCCACAGCCUAUACCCACUCCUGUUCAAAGUCAGCUACUGGCUGGAGCAGGAGGCAGUGGUCCGCGCUCUGCUGGGCUGCUGGCCGCUGGCUGAGUUUAGACUGGGCAAGCUGCUGGCACCGAGCAUGGAGCAGCCUGAGGACCUACGGGAGCGAGCCUGCAGGGCCUGUCUGGAAGCGUGCGUGCAGGGCUUGGCCGACCACGUCCUCCGGACUGGGGCAUCGGGACUGCGCCUGGUAGAUCUCACGGGCCUCCGGGACGUGCAAGUACAACAGUGCCCCUGCGGGCGGGCGCUGGGCAGGUGGGGCCGAACCGAGCUGCUAGCCAGAACCUGCUGUGCAUUACAGGCAGAACCCUGUGCCUGCGGCCCAGUGCAGGUCGUGACGGACAUCUUCGUCACCGAGGGGAACUUCCAGGUGGUGAUGCAAGCCCUGGCGCCCCAAGGGGCCGCACCCCUGCAAAUACACUGUGUGUCCCUGAGAGCCGACAGCCUGGGUGCAGGCCCGCUACUGCAGGUACUGAGCCUGGUGGGCCCAGCCCAGCUGCGCCGGCUGCAAGUGGUCCACAAUGUGCCACUGCACGCUGGCCAUGUGCAGCAGCUGCUGACCCAGGUGGGCCUCCCCCAGCUGGCCGCACUCACCCUGCCCGCCAAGGCCUUGGAAGCACCCCCUGCGCAGGCACCAAGUCCCAACGGCGAGGACCCUAUCUUUAUGUCCAUCACCCAGGCUCUCAGCCAGAUGGUCCAGCUCACAGAGCUGAGUGUGGCCUUCUCCACGCUGACUGGGAAGAUCCAGAAGCUGCUCGGCCCCCUGAAGACUCCACUGAAGGUACUGGAUCUGGCCAGCUGCUCCCUAAACCACGCAGACAUGGCCUUCCUGGCUGACUGCAACCACGCUGCCCACCUAGAGGGGCUGGAUCUCAGCGGGCACAACCUGGUGAGCUCGUACCCUUCAUCCUUCUACAGACUGCUACGCCGGGCAGCGCCCACACUGAAGGUCCUCACGCUGGAAGAGUGUGGCAUCGAGGACAGCCACGUAAGCACGCUUAUCACAGCCCUGAGUCCCUGCCACCAGCUCCAAGAGCUGCGCUUCCUGGGGAACCCCCUGUCUUCCCGUGGCCUGCGGCGUCUCUUCAUGGCGCUGGCAGAGUUGCCCCAGCUGCACUGGGUGGAGUUCCCCGUGCCCAGGGACUGCUACCCAGAGGGUACAGCCUACCCGCAGGAUGAGCUGACUGUGUCCAAAUUCGACCAGCACAAGUAUGACCUGAUUGCACAGGACCUUCAGGCUCUGCUGCUGCGGGCUGGGCGAGGCGAUGUCCAGGCUUCCACGCCACUCUACGGAAGCUUCGACCCCGACAUCCAGGAAACCAGCCAUGAGCUUGGCUCCUUCUUGCUGCAGGCUUUUAAAACAGCUCUGGAAAACUUGUCUAGAGCUUUAAAGCAGAUGGAGUAGUGGUACUGUGGGCUUAA